CAGGGGAUUAUCAGAGGCAUGCGGAGGAUGAGGAACUGCAUCAUCUGUCACCAGAUGAAGUCAUAAACAAAGACAUGAGGGGAAACUUCAAGAAUGAAUUUGGACCGAAGAGGCAGAAAGGCAGGCACGUGGUGAAGAAGAGGGAUAAACCCAUUCCUUGCCAAGGGGGGGAUUGCCGUGAAGUAAUUCUCAUGGUGGAGGAAAAAGACAAGUACUUGGAGUGUGGAAUGAACGUCUCAGAUCAAUCCCAAUAUAAUGUCAAUUUACGAAUGCAUACUGGAAAGGAGGCCCAUCAAUGGCUGGAGUGUGGAAAGACCAUGAUUCGCAGAGCAGAGCUCCUUAGACAUCAAAGAGCACUAUCAGGAAAGAAACCGUACAGCUGCUCAGACUGUGGGAAGAGAAUCUCAAAGAAAUCAGACCUUGUUCGACAUCAAAGGAUUUGCUCCGAAGAGAAACUGUUUAUAUGCUCAGAGACUGGAAUGGUGUUCUCUGAUGGAGGAAAGUGGGAGAAGCCUUUUGAGUGCUCCGAGUGUAGGCAGAGAUUGAGUCAAUUUGGCAAUCUUCAAGAACAUCAAAGAACCCACAUUAAGGAGAAGUCUUUUGAAUGCUCAGAGUGUGGGAAGAGAUUCAGUCAGCUUCGUAAUCUUCAACAGCAUCAAAGAACCCACACAGGGGAGAAACCUUUUAAGUGCUCAGAGUGUGGAAAGAGAUUUAUUCGGAGUGGCACUCUGCAACAACAUCAAAUAAUCCACACAGGGGAGAAGCCUUUUGAAUGCUCAGAGUGUGGGAAGAGAUUCAGAUGGAGUGGCCAUCUUCAGCGGCAUAAGAGAAUCCACACAGGGAAGAAGCCUUUUGAAUGUUCAGAAGGUGGAAAUACAUUCAGGGUGAGUUGCAGUCUUCAGGAACAUGAAACAACUCACACAGGGGAGAAAUGUUUUGAAUGCUCAGAUUGUGGAAAGAGUUUCAGUCAGAGUGGCCAUCUGCAACAGCAUCUAAGAACCCACACGGGGGAGAAACCGUUUGGAUGCUCAGAGUGUGGAAAGAGAUUCAAUCGGAGUGACAAUCUUCAACAGCAUCAAAUAAUCCACACAGGGGAGAAGCCUUUUGAAUGCUCUGAGUGUGGAAAGAGAUUCAGUCAGAGUAGCACUCUUCAAAAACAUCUAAGAACCCACACAGGGGAGAAGCCUUUUGAAUGCUCAGAGUGUGGGAAGAGAUUCAGUCGGCUUCGCAGUCUUCAAGAGCAUCAA